AUGUCGGACGAUGAUGAUUUCAUGCAGGAUUCCGGGGAUGAAGAUUACGACUUUGAAUAUGAGGACGCAGAUGAGGAUGAAUCCGGGGAUAUCGGGAUCGAAAACAAAUACUACAAUGCCAAGCAGAUCAAAUUGGACAACCCGGAAGAGGCAGUCGACGAGUUCCUAGGCAUAGCGCCUAUGGAGCAAGACAAAAGCGAAUGGGGAUUCAAAGGUCUGAAGCAGGCCAUCAAACUCGAAUUCAAGCUCGGCAGAUACAGCGAUACGGUUGAACACUACCGGGAACUGCUCACAUAUGUCAAAUCCGCCGUGACGCGAAACUACUCGGAAAAAUCAAUCAAUAACAUGCUCGACUUCAUCGAGAAAGGGUCCGAUAAUGCAGAGGCGUAUCAAUGCAUGGAGCAGUUUUACUCUUUGACCCUCGAGUCCUUCCAGAAUACAAAUAACGAGCGCCUUUGGUUGAAGACGAACAUUAAGCUGGCCCGCCUUUGGCUCGAGCGUAAACAAUACGGCCAGCUGGCGAAGAAAGUGCGCGAGUUGCACCGAGCAUGCCAGAACGAGGACGGAUCGGACGAUACCAGCAAAGGAACCUACCUACUGGAGCUUUACGCCCUGGAAAUCCAAAUGUUCGCCGAAACGAAGAAUAACAAACGACUGAAGGUCCUGUACCAGCGCGCGCUUCGAGUGCGGUCGGCAGUGCCCCAUCCCAAGAUCAUGGGUAUUAUCCGAGAAUGUGGAGGCAAGAUGCACAUGAGUGAGGAGAACUGGAAGGAGGCACAGAGCGAUUUCUUCGAGUCGUUCCGAAAUUACGAUGAGGCGGGCUCCAUUCAGCGAAUCCAAGUGCUCAAGUACCUUGUCUUAACGACCAUGCUCAUGAAGUCCGACAUCAAUCCCUUCGAUUCCCAAGAGACCAAACCGUACCGGAAUGAUCCCCGGAUCUCCGCGAUGACCGACCUGGUUGAUGCCUUCCAACGGGACGACAUUCAUGCAUAUGAGGCCGUGCUAAGCAAACAUCCCGACGUUUUGGCUGACCCUUUCAUCGCCGAAAACAUCGACGAGGUUAGCCGCAACAUGCGCACCAAGGCCGUGCUUAAGUUGAUCGCCCCGUAUACCCGGUUCACCUUGCAAUUUAUCUCCAAACAUAUCAAGAUCGCCGUCCCCGAAGUGUUGGACAUUCUCAGCUUCUUGAUUCUCGACAAGAAACUCAAUGCCAAGAUUGACCAGGAUAACGGGACCGUGGUAGUGGAGAGUGCGAGUGACGUGGAGCGACUGCGCGCUGUGGGAGAGUGGAGCUCCGCGCUGCGCAGUCUCUGGCAAACAACCCUGAAAAGUGAGGGGCUGCGGGCAAACGAGCCUUCCAGAUUUCCCUUCGAGUCGAGUGUUGGGGACGAGGGUCGAUCGACAGGGCCCCGUGCACGCAAGGAAGGCCGAGGCAAACAACCAGCGAAAUGGGUGGCCUAG